AUGGUGGCUCGCGAGACAGCACUUCGACAAGCUACCAUCGGCGCGAAUACUAAGGGCGUCUAUUCGUUCAAUCCGAGGCGGACUCUGACGGUGCUUCCUCAGUUUCGCUCGGUUCAAUGUCUCACAAUUCUGGAUGGCUGGGGACUAAGCUAUGCUGUCAUAAUAAGGAACAUCCUCGAGGCUGUGCCAGACCUCCAGAAGUUGAUCCUCAUUGCGCCGACCAGUGUCAACCUAGAAUUCCAAUCUGAAUGGCAUCUGCGUGGCAGGACCAGUUUCGACAAACCCCAGUUCAUUGUUCCACUCUCGGUUAGCCGUACCUGUGGCGACGACCACAUCAAAACCGAAUUCGAGGGCGUACUCCAGAAACAUUUCAACCCGUCGUCUUUCAACAGUGAAUGUCAGUUCGCUGGCGCGCUCGAUGCAUGGUUGACUCGGGGCAAGCAAUUCGACUUAUGCGUGGAGGUGACCAUUUCGGGCGUUGCUCAAGACUUUUAUGAUGAGUACUGGGACAUGGAAUGGGAUCUUUGGACUGUAGUGUUCAGCACGCGUACACAAGCCCUGGGAGUCACACCCGCCAAAGACAAUUCGGAAUACUUCCAGAAGACCGGAACAGAGCUUGUCGUACCUAUGGAUCCAUCAUUCUUCGAAGGACUCAGCAGCACCGCUGCUGAUGGAAGGGCGAUACACUUAUUCAGAACGAUGUGGAGUCGCACAUAG